ACUAUGAUGUAUUUAGACGAAUCAUUGUUGAAGAAUAAUAUUCUGCAGUUCGGCAACGCUAAACGCUACAUCAUGAGUUGAAAAAAAUAGCCUUUCUUCAAGGUGACGUCAUUUAUGCUAAAAAUAGACCAUCAUAAAUCCAAGAUGGCCGCCUCUUUCAGGUCUUGUAUCAAGAUCAUCGCUAAAAAGAGGUAAAUUGGGUUGCUUAUCGUGUUAUUUCUUCGACGCAUUUGUCAAUUUGUUUAAGUUCUUAAAAUUUAAAUCAUCACUGUUCCCACGAAGACUUUUAAUCCUAUCAUGUCAUAAUUAUGGCAUACCGAAGAGAGUUAGAGAGAAGUAGCAGUGUGCCGUAUAUAAAUUACCUAGAUGGAGUGGCCUUUAAGAUUAGCGAGCGGUACAGCAGACCUAAUCUUGUAUCUCUACCAGUGAGCUAUCAUCAAAAAAAUCCACAUGAAGUGUUAAACAGAGAGUAUGAUUUUACUGUAGAGAAUGAGAUAAUAAGAUGGGCUGAUGAGAUGAAACAAAGUCAAGCUGCCAGAGAAGCCCAGGCUCAAUCCAUGAGAGAAGCGGAAGCACAUUUAGCAUUUCUUGGGACUGCAAAUUCAGCAGCUCAAAAUGAUUUAGAUAUCUUAGCUAGCGCUAAUGAUAGUACAGUACUGGACCCAGUGGUUGCUAAUAUGAGUAACGAAGUGUUGCAACCUGUGCCACUAAAUCAACCGCUGUGUAUGCAGAACAAUCAAAAUAGAACUAGUUCUAGAAGUUUUGAUAUUUCAGAUUUCGAAGGAGAAGCAUCAGAUCCUUUUGAAACCACAGAGUUGAAAACACUGAAUGAUAUGGAGGAACUGAGUCGUGUUUUACAAAGUAGCUAUCCCAAUGCCUCGCCUUCGAACACUGGGGAUGCAAAUGUUGCAAAUACCCAAAAUAGGAAUCAAACUGAAACGGUGUCAUUCCAGGCAUCUACAGGGCAUGUGUCUUUUAGUCGAGGGAGUGAUCAAAACCACUCCCAACAGGUGAUUAGUAAUGGACCAACAAUAAAUACACCUUUGAAUUACACUACAAAUAUUAACGGCUUCUAUGGCAGUCACAAUAGUCCACAAGAUCCUUUUAUUCGCCAACCACCACUUCCACCCAUCCAAUCACCUAGAUCUGAAAGCCCUUACACAAACUGUACAGCGAACAGGAGUUCUUCAAUGCCAGAUAUCUCCGGUCAAAUGAACUAUUCUAGCGGAAACCCUGAGUACGCAAGCUAUCCAGAAUCAUUAUCAUUCCAGACAGCUGUAGUUUCGGACUGCACCACCAGAUCGGCAACGCCACCACCUCCAUAUUUGGAGACAGGGGUAAGAGAUGAUAACAGAAUAAGUAGCAGAUGUAGACUAGAUAGAAUGCUCCCUUUUAGGACGUCGCUAUCACCUGGUACAACUGUGAAUUAUCCGCCAGGUUACCCACAGACUUUGAGUAGUUAUACACCAUUACCACCAUCACCAAAUCCACAUCAUUCAGACUCUAGACCGAUUGAUGCCCCGCCAGCUUACUCUGAGAGGGAUAAUAUAUUACCUAAUCCUUACAAUACAUUGUUGGAAAAAGAAAAACGUUUUAUUGAUGAUAUUACGGAUAUGGGAUUCCCACAACAUAGAGUAGCUAGAUGUGUUCAAAGUCUGGGAGAAGAUAAAAAACAGGUAAUUGAAACAUUGUGUGCAAUAGAUAGUCUAGUAGCAGUUGGAUAUCCAGAAGAAUAUGUAGAAAUGGCGUUGAAUUUACAAGACAAUGAGGAACAGGCAAUUGAAUUUCUGAAGCUUCUACAACAGUUCGAAGAGCUAGGGUUUAAACAGGAAGAAAUUACAAGGCAAUUAAUUUUACAUGGAAAUAAUCAAGAAAAAGUUCUGGACGGUUUAACCGCAUAAGUCUUGACUAGGAUGACAAUUGUAAUAUAUUUGUGCGGAUUUACACAUAUUAUCAGCUACUUUUAUGAAAUUUUUCAUUUCUUUUUUGAAAUGCAUUGUAUAGGAUGUUAAGUAAAAAAUUGAUUUAUGUGUGUCUUUUUUUAUGUUGCAUUUACAAUAAGUGUGUUGUAGGCAUUGUGGGAAUCACAUGGGUAAUGUGUCAGAAUUUAUUACUGGGUUUCUCUUUGUUUUGUUUGCUCUGUUUAUAUCAAUGAAUUUACCUUGGAGGAUUUUAUAAUCAGUGAAUUGUGUUGUGGCCUGACAUUGUUGAUACAUGUGGAGGAGGGGUGGGCGUAUACUUCCACCCAGCUAGAACAUACAGUUAUUGUUUGGAGAAAUGGUCUUUCAAUGUGCACAAAGAUGUAACACGACCAAUAUCAAAUUUAUGUCAUCUUGUCUUGUCAUCUCCUGGAAUUAUCGGAUGGAAAUCCUGCUAUCUUAUCAUGUUGUUAAAAUAUGUUGAUCAUUCUCCUGUAUAUUUUACAGUGAUCUGAAAAUCACUCACAGUGACUGCCCUCACAGUAUUUCCGUUUCACAGAGGCUAAACCAAGGUGGUACAUUUUGAAUCUUGCGCAUGUGCAAUUUUGAGUGUCUGUAAAAUGUCCCACAUACGGUAUAAUGGGGAAAAUGGGUAGAAUGGGGAAAAUUUUCUGUUUCAGGGGAUGUUUUAUCAAUUGAAAUCAACCUUCAAUGCAUGUAUAUCUGAUCGAUUGCAAGAACACGAGUACAUUAUCCAGCUUACAGCAUGUUAAUCGCACUUAGAGUUUGUAACAACCAUGAUCCACUGAUUAUGUUGGCAUAAAUAUGUACAUGCAUUUCGGGCCUUGUUACUAUUGUCUAUGCAACAUUUAUAUAUUCAAGAAUACUUAUUACUACACUUGGACCAUGACGAGGUAAAAAAGCCAACCACUGACCUCAGACCACUCAAUGUCUGAGCGCUAACAUCGAAUUUCUGGUAGAUCAAAGGAUAAGGUACUUUGAACUUUGAGUUGUGAGUUUGAUCUCAACUUGAGGCUUAGAUAUCACACUGGUGUGGAUGCAAUAUCUGCAUAUUGUACUGCACAAGAACAAAGAGGUC